UUAUUUAACAUGUGGAAUAUUAGUGAGGAUUUACCGAGGGAUCAGCUAUAGAUCUCGCAAGUAUUUAUCGAUGCACCACUAUCCCUCGCUAAUCAGUCGAAAAAUGAAGGGCCUUAGCUAGGGUUCAACGACAGAUAAAAAAUUGCGCCAUCUGGUACGCGUUUAGCGAGAGAACAUCGACGGAAACUAUAUUGUGGGUACGCGCGUUUUGUUUUUUCUAUCGCUAAUCUCUAGCUGAAAUUGGCACAACCCAGUUCCAUCUUCACGAAAUGCAUUGAAAUUUCUGAUGACGGCAUAGAAGUUCCCUUCAAUCUGUUAACCCACUUCCAUCUCACAAUCUCUGUUUGAACAGAUGACAAUGACGACACUACUCACCCGAUUCCGGCAACCUCCACAUUUUUAAGCUGAAAGUAUUCUUCGUUAACUUUCGGAUUCAACUAGUCAUUAUGUCAACACGUAGUGAUAGAGACUGGAUGUACAAAAGGUUAGAUCAUGGGUAUCUUAGCACAACAUAUCAUGCAUCCAUCAAAGGAUUUCUAGAUGUUGCUUUUUCUAAUGAAGCAACCGUUGAUGGGGAUUAUAUUAGAUGUCCUUGUUUUAAAUGCAAGAACAUGUAUUAUAAAACAAGAGGUGAUGUAGAGCUUCACUUGUUACAAAAUGGUUUCACUCCUAAUUACACAACUUGGUGGGCACAUGGUGAAAGAAAUACGAUAUCUCAGCAUGAGGAAGAAUCUUCUAAUCCAAUGCAGGAUCCGAUGGAAGAUGAUGAUGAUGAUGAUGUUAAUGGGUGUACACAAAUGUUGAUGGAUGUAAUGGAGGAACGCCCGAAUCCAACUGCCAAGGGGUUCUAUGAUAUGUUGGAAGACGCUGAUGAACCUUUGUGGGAUGGAUGUGAAAAUUAUUCAAAAUUACAAGCUGCAACAGAGUUGUUGCAUUGGAAGUCAGAAUACAAUAUAUCUGAGGCUGCUUAUGAUCACAUACUUCCUAUAAUUAAGCGGAUGCUACCCAAAGGUGAGAAGCUAGUUGAGAACUUCUAUGAGACGAAGAAGCUUUUGAAAAUAGUUAGACUCCCAGAAAAAAAAUCCAUGCUUGAAAAAACCAUUGCAUGAUAUUCUAUGGGGCAGAUUCGGAUUUGACUAAGUGUCGAGUGUGUGAUCAUGAUCGGUACAAGAGUGGCAGACUACCAUAUCUGGUUAUGAGGUACUUGCCGAUUGCUCCUAGACUCCAAAGGUUGUAUUUGACAAAAAAGACGGCAAAGCAAAUGACAUGGCACUAUGAACAUCAAACAGAACCGGGUUUGAUGGUCCAUCCAAGUGAUGGUGAGGCUUGGAAGCAUUUCGACUUAAUGCAUCAAGAAUUUUCAAGUGAACCACGUAAUGUUCGCCUUGGGCUAUGCACCGAUGGGUUCAGUCCAAAUAACUCAAAUACAACCCCGUAUUCAUGUUGGCCUGUUUUCCUUUCAAUUUAUAACUUGCCUCCUUGGAUGUGCUUAAAAGAACCAUAUGUUCAGUUAAGCAUAGUUAUUCCUGGAAAAAAGAGCCCAGGUCAAAAUAUAGAUAACUGUAUGUGUGAUCUACAUGUAGGGUUUGUAUGUCUGGCCCGAAGCGACUGAUGUUCUUGCUCGCAAGGUAUGGGAAGACUGUAUGAAGAAACGAUUUCCUGACAUAAUGCGAAGAGCACGUGAAGAAUCUUUAAAACUUGCCAAAGCUGCAAAUGUGAAUGCCUCACUAGAAGGUGAUUUAAAUUUGCUAAAGGACUAUCACCCAAAUUGGAUAAAAAAGGAGUAUUGGGAAAAAAUGAUUAAUGAAGUGUGGACCACAUCCAAAUGGAAACGUUUAUCACAAUCAGGGAAAAAUAACAGAAAUAAAUUAGAAGAUGGCUCUGUUUCCAAACAUACAGGGGGAUCUAUAUCUAUUCGUCAACAUAAGAAAAGAAUGCAAGCAACACUUAAACGCCCUCCUACAGGAGUUGAACUUUAUGCAAGGUUGCACACUAAACGGUCUACUCAGGAGUACAUUACACCAAAGGCAGCUAAAGUUAAGGAGGCUUAUGAACGUGCUAUGGUGGCUAAGUUUGGUGAUGAUACUAGUUGCCACCCCCUCUUGGAUAAUGAAACAUGGUGUGAUGUUUCCGGAGGAGUCAAGAAAGGAAGAAUAUAUGGAUUCGGAUCUGUGUCUGAUCCAGCGAGCUUUUUGGAAGGAACAUCUAGUACAAUAACAUCCCAAGAGGUUGUCUAUGAACGUGUACGAAAUGAGAUGCGUGAGGAAAUGGAUGCUAAAGCUAUAGAAAUGGAAGCUAAACAUCAACAAAUGCGUGAGGAAAUGGAUGCGAAAGCUGCAGCAAUAGAUGUCAAACAACAACAAAUUGAUGCAAAAUAUGAAGCAAUGGAGAAGAUGUAUGCAGCCUUGCAAAAUAUGAUGAGAAAUUGAAAAUUAUAGGAAUGUGAACCGAAGAUGAUUGGAUGGACAUGAAAUGAAGAGAGCAUCUAAAAUGUUAUUUUGAAAUUAUGUUUUGUGAAAACUCAUUUCCCGAUGCAUAUUUUGGAUUUCUUGGUGCUAAAAUGUUAUUUUGAAGUUAAACCUUUGGGAGUUUGAUGUUAUAUGGAUAGUUUUGGUUUUGGAUGUUUUUUGAAUGAUACUUUGGUAAACUUUGAUA